CCUGUGAGUAGAUCUGUGAACGUUCUGUUGUGAGGCUGAAGGAGUGAACACAGAAACACACACACACACAUGAGGGAGAGUGCAUGUCUGUGCUUGUACAGUUGUGCAUGCUUGACAAGUCCCUGGCAUAAUGGACAGGGCAGGAUUGGACAUCUCCACCAGGAACCCACAGGAAGAUUUUGAGAUCCUUCUGCGUGUGGGAGGAGGGACAUAUGGAGAUGUGUUUAAGGCCCGGAAUAAGCAAACUGGGGAUUUGGCUGCCAUAAAGCUUAUCAAAAUGGAACCUGAGGAUGAUUUCUCAGUGAUUCAGCAGGAAAUCAUGAUGGUGAAAAGCUGUAAGCACAGCAACAUCGUGGCCUACUAUAGCAGCUACAUCAGGGCAAAUAAACUGUGGAUCUGUAUGGAGUAUUGUGGGGGAGGCUCCCUACAGGAUAUCUACCAUGUAACUGGUCCUCUCUCAGAGCAGCAGAUAGCGUACGUGUGUCGUGAGAUGCUACAGGGUUUAGAUUACCUACAUGGUCAAAAGAAGAUACACAGAGACAUAAAGGGUGCAAAUAUCCUCCUGAAUGACCAGGGUGAAGUGAAAUUAGCGGAUUUUGGAAUCUCAGCUCAGAUAACUGCCACAUUUGCACGUCGGAUGUCCUUCAUAGGGACACCAUAUUGGAUGGCACCAGAAGUGGCAGCAGUGGAAAUCAAAGGGGGUUACAACGAGUUGUGUGACAUUUGGUCUGUUGGCAUCACGGCUGUUGAGCUAGCUGAAUUGCAACCACCACUGUUUGAUGUUCAUCCACUGAGGGUGUUAUUUCUCAUGUCUAAAAGUGGAUACCAGCCACCCAAACUCAAAGACAAAUCCAAGUGGACACAUGUGUUUCAUAACUUUGUGAAGACUAUGCUUAUCAGGAACCCCAAAAAAAGGCCAAGUGCUAAAAAGAUGCUUACACACUUGUUUGUGACUCAGCCAUGUUUGAGACAAGAGUUAACUCUUGAACUGCUGGAAAAAUUGAGGCAUCCUGAGAAACUUAAAGAAUGUAUACAACCAGAUGACGAAGACACUGAGAUGUUAGCACCAAAUUCUCUCAGGAGAAUUCACUCUAUCAACCGCCACAACCAGGCAGAGAGAACCAACUCUGACGUCAGCUUGGAUCAAAUCUACACACAGAGACCAAUAAACCAAAAGCAGGAGUCACCAGAGACAACAUUGCAGCCUUCAUUUAAAUGUCAGUGGGUGGGCUCUCCAGACACUCCACCCAAAAAACCAGCCAGAGAAGACAGCGUGGACUCAGAUGAUGACUACGAUGAUGUGGAAAUACCUGCCCAGUUCACCAGUUGUACAUUGCCUGCUGAUGAUGUCCCUCCUCCUCUUCCUCCAAAGCCGAAGAUCCGCAGCAGUUCAGAGGAAAGUAUGGCUGCAGAGGAUGAUCGAUGCAAAGCACAGAGUCUCCAAGCUCCCUCUCCCCUUCUUAGAACCUCCAGUGGAACACAUACAUGUACUCGCCCUAUCCCACGCCCACGAUCCAUCCGCAAUGUCAAUUCAGACCCUUCCACAUUUUCAGGCUUCGGGACAGACCCCUUACCAGAUCAGCCUCCUGUUCUACCACCCAAGAAAGACAGGAGGCGCUGCCAGCCUCCUAAGGACCCACCCGAAUGUAUCAGUCCAAUGCAGAGGAAGCCUCCGAUCAUAUUUAAAAAGGUCUUUCAUGGCUGUCCUUUAAAAGUCAACUGUUCUACAGUGUGGGAUCACCCCAACACCAAAGACCACCACUUGAUUGUGGGUUCUGAUGAAGGGAUUUUUACAUUGAAUCUGAACAGCUCUGAACCUACUAUGGAGUUGCUUUUUCCAGGGAAGUGCAUAUGGGUGCAUACCAUCAAUAACGUCUUAAUGUCUAUAUCAGGCAAGUCCUCCCAGCUGCAUUCACAUUCUUUAAAGGAACUGUAUGAACAGGCACGAAAAGAGCAUCGUAUGGUAGCUCUGCCAACUCACAGGUUGUUGCCCAGAAAGCUUUCAAUCACAACCAAGAUUCCAGACACCAAGGGAUGCAGAGCCUGCACAGUUGCCCAUAAUACACAGCGAGACUGUGUGUUUCUGUGCGGUGCAUUGGAGUCUAGUGUGUUCCUCCUGCAGUGGUAUGAGCCAAUGCACAAGUUCAUGCUCAUAAAGAACUUCGACUUCCCACUGCCAAGUCCUCUGCGUGUGUUUGAGAUGCUAGUAGUGCCAGAACAGGAGUAUCCAUUAGUGUGUAUUGGAGUUAGCCGGGGUCCAAACUCCUUGCACCCUGUUCUCCUAGAAAACAUCAACCUAAACUCCAAUACUUCCUGGUUUACCAGUACUGGACUGGAGAACCGAAGUACAGAGAGAGUUCAGGUGAAUCAGUUGGAUAGUAACACACUCCUUGUUCUCAUUGAGAAUACGGUAUAUAUGGUGAACCUAGAGGGGGCACUCAGAAGUCAAAGAAGGUCACAGGCAGAAAUCAGCUUUUCUCUACAAGUAGAAACGAUAGUAUAUUUUGAGGACACAUUGUUGGCAAUAUGGAAACAUGGCUGGCAGAGGAGAGGAGAAAUAUUCUCAGAAAUUCUACAGGAGAAGACUGAUAAGAAAAUCUUCCGCCUUGUUGGGUCAGACAGGAUGGUUGUCAUGGAGACACGACAGUGUGAAGAACAAUCAGGAUUCUGCAAUCUGUAUAUUUUGGAGAUUGCUGAGCAACUUGUACCUAUGCCAUGAGCACACAGAUGCAUGAAUGCCAAAUUCCUGUCCUGCCCCUCCAUUCUUUGCAUAUAAAACUGUGAACACUGACAUCACAAGUUGAUUGCUAUGUGUGCAAUACAAGCACAAACCCCCUUCUGCACCCUAACUGGUGUGUGAGCAACCAAAACAAGACCCUCUCCUUGUCAAUUAAAUAUGGAUUAACAUUCCAAAAAUUUAACCCUUAAUGCCUGCUUCAGUUCUGAGUUAGAUCCUGUAUUCCUGAAUGGCUUAGUGUAAGGCAGAAGUCAGCAUGUGCACACAUGAGAGAAGAUUCUAGAUGGCAAACACAUUAUAUAAAAUAAUCUAAGGCCCCUUCCUCCCAGCAUGCACUCUAUGAUCAUUCAUUAGAUCAUACACACUGUAUCCGCACUAUUGAGUCAGCCUUCUACAUAUCCAAAUAGCGUUUAUAGGAAAUUGGCGUUGUGUACCUAAUGGAUAAAUGAUGGUUACAGAAAGGGGAAAUAUGUGUGUAUUUUGCUUUUCUCCUUUUUACUCCUUCAUUCGCAAUCUUGACAGACCGGAACUGUGAAGCCCUAGAGAAGAACAGGCAAUUGUAUCUGCAAAGCGCAAGUUUUUAUUCCAACAAAGCAGCAGGACAUUUGCUUAUAUUUGUUUAUUCAGUUGGCCUUAGUCUUCAACAAGUGACUAAAAGUGACUGAAUUCAAUGGGUGCUCCUGCUUGGUUGGAACAAGUAUAUGUAGCUACACCAGACUAUCUGUGGAUAGGAUUGCCUAUCCCUGAGAAUUAUCAGCUUGGUCUUGUUUGUAUCUAGUCUUCCCAAAGAAAUACCAUCAGCUGAUCAGAUCAUCACCCCUUGUACAACCCCAUGUACAAAUCUGACAUAACACUGCAGAUCUCCCCAUGAACAACUUAAUUGUUGAUUCUGAUUUGAAAAUUGCACCUAUCCACAAUGAAUAAGCUGCUCUACAUUAAUGUCUCUAAUCUCCAUGGUGAAAAACCCCAUGCAAACCUCUGACAGAACAAUGGAAACUUUAAAACCUAUCCCAUGUUAUGUUAAACCAGGGUACUGGUAAUCAAUGCCAGUCUCAAAUUUCCUGAGAUGUAGAUCUGGGUUAUUGGAUGUAAUGACAAUAAACUUAUACGCUUUCUUAACA